AUGCCGACCGCAAGCAACGGGAACUCGAACGGCGUCGACCCCGCGUCGACGCCGCUCUGCAACAUCGUGACCCCGGUGGGCAUGCUCGGGUACGGCCUCGACGAGGGCGAGGUAGCGGCCGCGCUGAGCCGCUUCGUCGCGACAGGCGUCCCGACGGCCAUGAUUCUCGACUCGGGCUCGACUGACAGCGGGCCAGACCGCCUCGCCUUGGGCGUGAUGGGCAACCCGCGGACGUCCUACUACCGCGACCUCAAGAAGCUGCUCGGGCUCGCUCACGCCUACCACGUCCCACUGAUCUUCAGCUCUGCUGGAGGUGACGGCACCGAUGACCACGUCCGCGAGAUGCUGGGCAUCAUUGAGGAAAUCACCGCUGAGAAGGGCAAUGAGCAGUACUCGUUCAAGACGAUCGCAAUCUUCUCUGGCAUGCAGAAGACUCUCGUCAAGGAGCGCCUCCGAGCCGGGCUCGUAAGCGGGUGCGGGCCGUGCGUGCCGCUGCUGACGGAAGAAGACAUCGAGGCGUCGCCGCGAAUCGUGGCGCAGAUGGGGCCGGAGCCCUUCAUCGACGCGAUGAAGGCAAGCCCGGACUUCGACGUGGUGGUCGGGGGGCGGGCAUACGACCCGGCGCCGUACGUGGCGUACCCAGCGUUCCUGGCGGGGCUCGGCGGGUCGCAAUGGGCGGAGGCGGAGGCGCGGCGCCGCUGGGGCGGCUUCACGCACAUGGGCAAGAUCCUCGAGUGCGGCGGCACCUGCGCUGAGCCCAAGUCGCACGGCGCCGUCGCCACCGUCUUCCGCGACGGCAGCUUCGCCAUCGCGCCCCUGACCCCGGCCGCCCGCUGCACCCCCGUCUCCGUCGCCGCCCACGCCAUGUACGAGAACACCCGCCCCGACAUCCUCUACGGCCCCGGCGGGCACCUCGACCUCACCCAGGUCACGUACGAGCAGCUUGCCGACCAGCGCACCGUCAGGGUGCGCGGGAGCGCGUUCCACUUCCGCAAGCAGGACGGCCUGCCGUACCAGGUGAAGCUCGAGGCGGGUUGCGUCAUCGGCUACCGGUCCCUGUUCAUCGGCAGCAUCCGCGAUCCCAUCCUGAUCAACCAGAUCGACUCGCUGUCCGCCAAGGUGCAGGCCUACGUCGCGGGCCAGCACAGCCACCUGCCCGGCAAAUUCGAGCUCGACUUCCACUUCUACGGGCGGCCCGCGCCUGGCGCGGAGAGCUCCGAGGUCUUCCUCGUCGGCGAGGCGCUCGCGUCCUCGCAGGAGCUGGCGACCAGCGUGGCGUACACGGCGAGAAUCGGUAUUAUUCACGGGAGCUAUCCGGGCCAGAAGGCGACGUCGGGCAACUUCGCGUUCGGCAUCGGCGGCAAGCCCGUCAUCGACCUCGGCCCCUGCUCCAAGUUCUCCUUGUACCAUCUGAUGGAGCUCCGGGGCGGCGAGGAGCGCUUGUUCCUGGACGCUGCAAAUGGCAGCGCCGACGGGGACGGCGUCGGCAAGCCCCGCGCUCCGCUCUUCACCCAGACCGUCGCGGUCGUGGGCAAGGGGGACCGCGCCGCGCUCAGAGCCCCCGUCCCAGCACCGGACGCGCAGGCGGACGCGCGCAACGAUAGCAGCGCCGCGACCCCGACCGCGACAGCGGCGAACGGGACGGCGGGCGGGAAGGAGGCCGCAGCAGCGGCGUCGCCGCCGCGCACGCUGGGCGACCUGGCGAAGGUGGUGCGGUCGAAGAACGCGGGGCCGUUCGAGAUCACGUUCGACCUGAUCUUCGGGUCGGCGGCGGCGUACGAGCGGGUGAAGGCGUCGGGGCUGCUGUCGGCGGCGGCGGUGGCGCGCGCGUACGGGCUGGCGGAGCGCGACGUGGUCUGGUGCGGCUUCUACGACCCGGCGCGCGCCUUCAAGGCGACGGUGCCGCGGCUCCGCGCCGGCCGCCCCGUCCCCGCCGGCGGCUUCAUGGAGGACGACGUCCACGGCUCCCAGCGCCACGUCCCCCUCGUGCGCAUGCCCCUGCCCGACGAGCUGGUGGCGGCGCUCGCGUAG